AUGGCAUCAAACUUGACUCCAUCCUCUGGUCAAGAUUCAACUACCCAUUCUCAAUCAAGUAGAAGUAAGACCGAUCCUGCAUGGGAGCAUGUUUCUGAAGAAAGAUAUGGAAAUGGAAGGAGAGCUCUUAUUUGUUUGUAUUGUAAAAAGAUUACAAAAGGUGGAGGUAUUCAUAGAAUGAAACUACAUCUUGCUGGAGUGAAAGGAGAUAUUGGUCCAUGUAAAUCGGUUCCACCUGAUGUCAGAUUUCGCAUGGAAAAUUCUUUGCAAGAGUUUGUGAAUGCUAAGAAAGCAACCAAAGAAGCAGAUGAAUAUAGAAAUCCUUAUGGUCCUAAUGUGUCACAAUUUGAAGGGGAUAUGGCAAAAGGUGAAGAAGAGGUUCAAGAAAUGCAAAGUCCUAUGGCAGCUAGUAGUGGAAAAAGGAAAAAAUCAACAGUGGAUAAGUAUUUUGCACCAAGAAAUACACAAGGAGCUCAACCUUCCAUGAGGAGUGUGCUAGCUGGGAAAGAAGCUACUUGGAGAGCGGAUAUGGCGGUUGGGAGAUUCUUUUAUGAUGCAUGCAUUCCUACUAAUGCUGUGAAUUCCUUCUACUUCAAGCCAAUGUUGGAUGCUAUAUCUGCAAUUGGUCCUGGAUAUAAGGGUCCAAAUUACUAUCAGUUGCGGAUUAAUCUUUUAAAGGAUGCUAAGAAGGAAGUUCAGUUACUUGUGGACUCUUAUCGUGCAAUUUGGGCAAAAGUUGGGUGUACAAUAAUGGGUGAUGGUUGGACAGAUAACAGACAAAGAACACUCAUCAACUUCCUUGUAUAUUGUCCUGAAGGAAUAUCGUUUGUGAAAUCUGUUGAUGUUUCGGACAUUGUCAAGGAUGCAACUAAUUUGUUUCAGUUAUUUGAUGAGGUGAUUGAAUGGGUGGGUCCACUCAAUGUAGUUCAUGUAGUGACUGAUAAUGCAGCAAAUUAUGUGGCCGCGGGGAGAUUGAUUUCUCAGAAGCAUAAACACAUUAAUUGGUCACCUUGUGCAGCUCAUUGUCUUAAUUUGAUCUUUAAGGAUAUUGGUAAGAUGGACCAUGUUGCUGAACUUGUAAGACGUGCAUCAAAGGUGACAAUUUUUGUGUAUAAUCAUGUUGCUUUGUUAAGUUGGUUGAGAAAAAGGGAAGGAUGGACAAAGAUUCUGCGACCUGGUGCAACUCGCUUUGCUACUACUUUCAUUGCACUCAAGAGUCUUCAUGAUCACAAACAUGAUUUGCAAGCUUUGGUGACUAGUAAGUUCUUUGUGGACUCUAGAUAUUCAAAGGAUUAUAAAAGCCAAGUUGCAGUUUCCAUCAUCUUGGAUAAUAGAUUUUGGAAUGAUUGUUUGAUUGUUGUGAAUCUUAUGUCUCCACUAAUGCGUUUAUUGCGUAUUGUUGAUUGUGAUGAGAGGCCUUCGAUGGGAUAUGUGUAUGAAGGCAUGUAUAGGGUUCGUUUGGGCAUUAAGAAAUUGUUUAACUACAGCGAAAGACUAUACAAGCCUUAUACAGAGAUCAUAAAGCAACGAAAACUUUUGUAA